GCAGCUUUAUCUCCUUCUGUUUCCUGCCUUCCGUCGUCUUCUUCUUCCUGUGCCUUUCACACCCGUGUGUUUUGUUUCCCGAUAGAUAUCAAUGGUGGGCUUAUAAGCUCGGGGUGGGGAUAGUUUGAUUUGGAGCUUCCCGGAACCUCCAAUACUGAUGGCUGUACCGCUUUCGCGCUAAAGUUGUGUUCUUUCUCUUUUUCAUGUUCUUGUCGUCUCUGUUCUGCUUUUGCCGGGGAAAGCUCUUCUAGGGUUUUAAAUUUUGCGCAACGUACGAGCUGAAUUAGUGGGAAUGCUUGUGGGAUGGUUUCUUGAUAUGGAUGGUUAAUGGUGUUUGCUUGGAGUGACUGGCCGAAGUAUGGUUGUUUAUCAUCUCAAUUGGGGUUCUUGUAAAUUCGAAAGCUUGUUUCUUGGUAUCUGUUUAUGUGUGUUUGGGAUUGUGGGAUUUUCGCCUGUUAUAGGUUCUUGAUUGGUAGUGCAUCUCAGAAUGAAUUAGACCGAAGUGGGAUGUUUGUUGUUAAGAGUAUCUGAUUUUUCCGCUCCGAGAGGAAGCAGCAGGGGUCAUUACAUGCGUUGUUCUUAGUGGUGGAGCUAGUGAUUGAUUGUGGUUUCAAUUUCUGCAGGCUUUACUCGAAAUGACUGAGCCCUCUAAGGUAAUCCAUGUCCGCAAUGUGGGGCAUGAAAUUUCUGAGAAUGACCUGCUCCAGUUAUUUCAGCCAUUUGGGGUUAUAACGAAACUUGUUAUGCUUCGUGCUAAAAAUCAGGCUCUCCUUCAAAUGCAAGAUGUUAAUUCAGCGAUAAGUGCCCUGCAAUUUUAUACAAAUGUUCAGCCAACCAUAAGAGGUAGGAAUGUCUAUGUCCAGUUCUCGUCACAUCAAGAACUAACUACAAUGGAUCAAAGUACUCAAGGACGAGGAGAUGAGCAGCCAAAUCGAAUUUUGUUAGUGACAAUCCAUCACAUGUUAUAUCCUAUUACAGUGGAUGUGCUGCAUCAAGUUUUUUCUCCUUAUGGAUUUGUGGAAAAGAUUGUGACUUUUCAGAAGUCAGCUGGUUUCCAAGCCCUUAUUCAAUACCAAGUACGCCAGAGUGCAGUAUCUGCUCGGACUUCUCUUCAGGGCCGCAAUAUAUAUGACGGCUGUUGUCAGCUUGACAUUCAAUUUUCAAAUUUGGACGAGCUGCAAGUGAACUACAAUAAUGAUCGUUCGAGGGAUUUUACCAACCCAAAUCUACCUUCAGAACAGAAAGGGAGAUCCUCUCAAUCUGGAUAUGGAGAUAUGGGGGGCAUGUAUGACCAUCAAUCCUCUGCUGCCGGUGCAGUUCCAUAUCCUCAGAUGGGGAAUGCUGCUGCAAUUGCUGCUGCCUUUGGUGGAGGAUUGCCUCCUGGCAUUAGCGGAACAAAUGACCGAUGUACUGUACUUGUAUCCAAUUUAAACCCUGAUAGAGUAGAUGAAGACAAGCUUUUCAACCUCUUCUCUCUGUAUGGAAACAUUGUCCGAAUCAAACUUCUCCGUAACAAACCUGACCAUGCACUUGUUCAGAUGGGAGAUGGUUUCCAAGCUGAGCUGGCAGUCCAUUUCUUAAAGGGUGCAAUGCUAUUUGGAAAGCGCCUGGAAGUCAACUUCUCGAAGCACCCUAACAUAACUCAGGGUGCUGACACUCAUGAGUACAUAAAUUCAAAUCUCAACCGCUUCAACCGCAAUGCUGCAAAGAACUACCGGUACUGUUGCUCUCCGACAAAGAUUCUGCACAUAUCUUCCUUGCCUCAGGAAAUCGUUGAGGAUGAGAUUGUAAGGCACCUGGAGGAACAUGGCCCAAUCAUCAACACUAAGCUAUUUGAGAUGAAUGGAAAGAAGCAGGCCCAUGUCCAGUUUGAGACAGAGGAGGAAGCCACAGAGGCCCUAGUCUGCAAGCAUGCCACCACGCUGGGUGGGUCGAUUAUCAGGAUCUCCUUCUCACAGCUGCAAUCGAUCCGAGAAAGCUCGUGAAGCAAGGGAGCAGUCCUACACUGGGUAAGGGAAUGAAUAUGGUGGUUGAUGAUUGUCUCUAAGCAAAAUUGGGAUCUUUGGCAAAGGAUGAUCAUGAUGUUAAAAAUGUGUGCUUUGCUGCUGCAAACCGUUAUUUUUUUUCUUGUAAUGCUCUUCACUUGUCUCGCAUGGACAUGGUAGAUGAUGAUGAUGAUGAUGAUUAUGCUUUGGUUUGACAAUUUUGAUUUGAUCAUCCUAGUGACCUCUUUUCUUAAGAUAUUAUUGUUGUACUACCCUGCUUCCAAUUAUUUUCAUCCGAUGGUCAGUCGGAUAUGAGAUAUCACCAUGGCUAACAUGAAGAGUCGGAUGACUAUAGAUUGGGGGUUCUUGAUUUUUGCAGAUAGUAGCUCCAGUUUUUAAUAGUGAGAAAGUAGGGAGGGAGGGAGAUUUUUAGUUUUGGCCUAAGUUUGUGAUAGAGAGAUGUUUGUAUAAUUUUAUUUGUGUAUACUUCUUGGUUAUAAUUAAGCUCUUUGUUAUCUACUUAUGUUUCUUCUUUCUU